AUGGACGCCAUUGUAUACCGACAGUACAGCGGCGAGUCUGAAUUACCUCAUAUCAUGGCACUCGUUCAGCAUGAACUGAGCGAGCCGUAUGUCAUCUACACCUAUCGGUACUUCCUGCAACAAUGGCCACAUCUGGCCUUCCUUGCUUACCCGAGUCAGUCGUCUGACCCGGUGGGUGUCGUCAGAUGUUGCGAACAGGGCUACAUCGCCAUGCUCAGCGUCCACAAGAACUGGCGCAAGCGUGGUAUCGCAAGCACGCUCGUUCGUCGUAGCAUUGAUAUUAUGAAGAAGCACGGGGUCGAAGAGGUCGUGCUCGAGACCGAGUUCGACAACGCCGCGGCACUGUCGCUGUACGAGUCUCUCGGGUUCAUGCGCGAAAAGCGUCUCUUCCGCUUCUACCUCAACGGCAAGGACGCCUUCCGCCUCGUGCUCGUCGUGCCGCCCGAGAGCGGCGGCGCGGACAGCGACGACUCGUCCGAGGACGGCGGGCCACCCCGUGCGCUCCCGCUCCGCUUCCUCGCGCCCGCGCGCAUGAUCGCUAUCGACGCGCUCUCGUACGACAGCGACGACGAGGUGUCGUCACGGUGA